CUAUGCCGUGGGUGAGCGGCCGGCGGCGGCGGCAGCAGCAGGGAGCCGGGCAGCCGGCGGCGGGGGGCGGCCAGCGGGGCCGGGAGAGCUCGGAGCUGCCGCUGCCCGCGGGCUGGGAGGAGGCGAGAGACUUCGACGGGCGCGUCUUCUACAUCGACCACAACACCCGGCAGACCUCGUGGAUCGACCCCCGGGACAGGAUUACAAAGCCAUUAACAUUUGCUGACUGUGUUGGCGAUGAACUUCCUUUAGGCUGGGAAACUGUUUAUGAUCAACAGAUCGGAAUUUAUUACAUGGACCAUAUAAAUCAGCUCACACAAAUUGAGGACCCAAGAGAGCAGUGGCGAAGAGAGCAGGAACGCAUGCUAAAGGAAUAUUUAAUUGUUGCCCAGGAGGCACUUAAUGCCAAGAAAGAGAUUUACCAAAUUAAACAGCAGCGUUUUGAGCUAGCCCAAGAAGAAUACCAGCAGCUGCACAAACUGUGUGAGGAUGACAGCCGCUCCUAUGCUAGUGCAUUCUCUGGAUUUUCAACUAAUACCAAGUAUGACCCAUAUCAGAUUAAAGCAGAAAUAGCAAGCCGUCGUGACAGACUUUCUAGACUAAAACGAGAGUUGGCACAUAUGAAGGAAGAACUGCAGUAUAAAGAAAAAGGAGUGGAAACACUACAAGAGAUUGAUCGUAAGAUGUCAAGUGCUCAUACAAAUUAUAAACUGGAUGAAGCCCAGGCCAUAAUGAAUGAGCUCCGAACCAUAAAAAAAGCUAUUUGUAUGGGUGAGAAAGAAAGGCAGGACCUUAUGCAGAGCCUGGCGAAGCUAACGGAUGGAUUCAGGAAUAGCUGUUGUAUUACAGAUUCCCUGCAAGGUCUCCAGCACAAUUCUAGUUCACUCCGUGAUUCCUGUUUACCUCAACAACACUGUGAUGCUUGUUCUCAAACUGACAUCACUGGAGAGUUUUGCUUUGAUGAUAAAACGAGACUUGUGGACAAAGUAAGACUGAGCUGGCAAUAUGAAGAGGCCAAAAAGAGAGUUUCCAAUAUACAGCAGCAGCUGGCCUUGCUAGAUAAUGAAUCUUGGCCAGGAAUGGCUGAGGCGGACAGGGACCGUCUUCAGCUCAUCAAGGAGAAAGAGGCUCUCCUUCAGGAACUGCAGCUCAUCAGUCAGCAGAGACGAUCCCCAGAAUACAUUGCACGUUUGGAGGAAGAAAAAAGGCGCUUGGAGAAUGAAAUUCAGCAGGCUCGGGCCAGUUCUGCUCAGGGGGCCACUGAAAGGAUACUGUUACAGGAGAAGAGAAAUUGUUUGCUUUUGCAGCUGGAAGAAGCAACUCGUUUAGCCUCCUAUUUACACUCCCAGUUAAAAAGUUUAUCUGCUAGCACCCUCACAAUGUCUUCUGGCAGCAGUAGGGGAUCACUGGCAUCCAGCCGAGGAUCACUGGCGUCCAGCAGAGGGUCUCUAAGCUCUGUCAGCUUCACGGACAUCUAUGGCCUCCCACAGUAUGACAAAUCAGACAGUGUUACUGACUAUGCACAACAUCUGCGCUUUGACCUGAUUCCAUUUGAUUCUCUCAGUAAAGAUGUGCAGUACUCUGAUUCCACUGGACAUUGUAACUUCAAUAAACAAAGGAGGUCCUUGGAUACUCCUCAAUCCCUGGCAUCCCUGUCAUCACGAUCCUCCUUGUCAUCGUUGUCCCCUCCAAGUUCCCCUCUGGACACCCCCUUCCUUUCUGCUUCUCGGGAUUCUCCACUUGCCCAGAUGUCAGAAGGAUUUGAGGAGAUAGCGGGUGUAGGAGCCCUAGAAAUGCGCAGAGCUCGGGCCUCGGUUUUGGGUGACGAUGCCCAAGGAACAACUUCAUCACAGAUGCCUGCCUACCCCGUGGAUGAUGGACUGCAAGAAAUGGGACCACACCUGGCAAACAUCCAAACUGGUGGAGCCGUAACUCUACGCGAAGACAGUGCAAGAAGGUCGGCGAGGCGAGCCAGGCGAGUCUCAGCAUGUCUAUCCGAUUAUUCACUGGCUAGUGACAGUGGCGUGUUUGAAGCUUUAAGCAAAAGGAAUGAGGAUGUUGAAGACCCUGUUUACAGUGAUGUUGUUGCUAGUAGUGAAGAACCACAAAUACAUGUUGGAUUCCUUCAUGAUGGUGGAAGUGAAUGUCUCCUAGUCCAUGUGUUAGAGUUGAAGAACUUUACUGGUCCUGUUGUGAAAGAAGGCUGCAAAAUACAUGUUCGAGUUUACUUACCUCCACUGGAGUCAGGCACACCAACCACUUACUGCUCUAGAGCUUUGGAAUUCCAAACUCCAUUAAUAUUUAAUGAAGUUUUCCGAAUCCCUGUGCAUUCAAGUGCAUUGAAAUUAAAAUCGCUGCAGCUGUAUAUUUGUUCAGUUGACCACCAGCAGCAAGAAGAACUUUUGGGCAUUGCUCAGAUUAGCCUGGCUGAUCAUGAGAGUUCCACUGAGAUGCAGCUUCACUGGUAUCCCGUCCAGAUAUUCACUGGUUCAGACCCACAAAGGGCGAAGGACAAAAAUCAGUGUGAAGAAAGCACUCCACAGAGUUCUGGAAAUACGACUACAGUGAAAUCGGAUGCAGUGACAGCCCUAUUAGCUAGGACCACAGCUCAGCUGGAAGCAGUGGAGAGAGAGCUGGCAGAAGAGAGAGUGAAAUUGGAGUACACAGAGGAAGAAAUCCUAGAGAUUGAAAGAAAGGAAGAUCAGGCAGAAGCUGUAUCAGAGAGGAGUUGGCAAGCAGAAUCCGUUGACAGUGGAUGUAGUAAUUGCACUCAGACCAGCCCACCUUAUCCAGAGACAUGUUGUGGCGAUUCGUUACGUGGACAUACGUUUGCAGUUCAGGCAGGUCAAUACAGUUCUGGGAAAGUGCAACCUCCGCCCCUAAAAGUGGAUAAAGAGACUAACACAGAAGAUCUCUUUCCAGAAGAAGUCGCUAUUCUUCCGAAAGAGAGAACCUGCCGCAGGCCCCGUGGUUCUGCUUUUGUUCGUAGUAGCACUAUUGUUCGAUCACAAACCUUCUCACCUGGAGCACGAAGUCAGUAUGUUUGCAGACUGUACCGUAGUGACAGUGAUAGUUCAACCCUGCCAAGGAAGUCACCCUUCAUCCGCAAUACAUUGGAAAGGCGUACUUUGCGCUAUAAGCAGCAGUCCUGUAGAUCUUCUUUGGCUGAGCUUAUGACAAGGACAUCCCUAGACCUGGAGCUGGAUCUCCAGGCAUCCAGAACUAGACAGAGACAACUGAAUGAGGAGAUAUGUGCUUUGAGAGAGUUGAAGCAACGUCUGGAAGAUGCCCAACUCAGAGGGCAAACUGAUCUUCCCCACUGGGUCCUUCGGGACGAACGAUUCCGAAAUUUGUUGAAGGAAGCAGAGAGACAGACAAGACAGACCAAAUUUGAUCAUCACCAAGAACAAGUAGCUGAAAAAAUGCUAAAGAAAGCAUCCAGAGAAGUAUACCAACUGCGUGGACAAAACCAGAAAGAACCUAUUCAGGUGCAGACGUUUCGAGAGAAGAUAGCAUUUUUUACAAGGCCAAGGAUUAACAUACCUCCUCUGCCAGCUGAUGACGUGUAACAUGUUGCAUUGUAAACAUGAAGUAUUUAUCUGUCUGUUUUAUUUUAAUGAAAGUAUUAGACUAGCUAAAUUUCUUUUUAAAAGUUUGUGCAAAAGCUAUUAAUAUACACCUUUUGUAAAAAAUAAAAACAUAAAAAAAGUAAAAGUAAAAAAAUAUAUAAAUAAAUAUAUAAAUAUAAAUAUAUAUAUAUAUAUAUAUAUAUAUAUAUACAUACACAUAUAUAUAUUUUAUAAUAGUGACUGCAACAAGGCUUGGUUUUUCCUUGUUGUGAAAUUGACAUCUCUGAAGACAACUUAUUUUAUAAAAGAUCAGCUAUCCUGUUAAGAGUGUGUACAGUUUUUAUGCUGUUUUAUUUGAUUUAAAGGCUGGAAGACAGAAACAAAGUGAGUUCAGGCAAAUUCACUGUAUUGUAAUUUAUUUAUAGCACAUUUUUCCUUGAAGGAAAAUACCUACUUUAAGAUGUAUUUUAAGACUGAAAUUUUGUUCUUCAGUAUUUGUCAUACAGUAGAAUGGAACCAUUGAGCUGGUUUUGUUUCUGAUACCUGAAAUGAAAAUACUAUGUUCUAAAUUUGUCACUUUUAUCAGCUUUACUAUCUGUAUCUUAUAAUGUAAAUUGUAUUCUUUAGCACUGUCUGUGUUAUAGCUAAAUAUUAUCACCUGCAAUGUUUUUAAUAUUGAUUAAAAAUGCCAUUCAAUGUU